CAAUCGUUCAUUAACACGUGCGGUGUCUAUUCUUUGAAAAUUGUUAUUACUUUUGCAAAAACCCCUAAUCCCAUUUCGUUAAUUUGGACAUAUAAACCACAUUUCUUUAGUCUACUGUAAACCCCACCUCUAAGAAAAAAAAGCUAUAAUGACCGAAAUCGAAGGCUACAAAGUUAUUCCUUUGCGGGUAUCAGCCGAGUCCGAGCAUUGUCACAGUGUUUUCAUGAAAGAACAUUUCAUACGUUUGAUUGAUCCCAACAAACCUAAAGGACGCACACUAUUUAUAUUAAAUAUACCGCCUUACGUUACGACGCAAAGUUUAGAAAAAUUUUUUCAACAAUAUGGUCCCGUUGAGUUUGUAUUAUUUGCAGAAAAACCAGGACGUGAUGAAACUGAAAAGUGGCAUGAAAAUCUUACAGAAUUUAGCAAUGUGAAGCCACCUUUCAAAUUCAAAGUAGCUUACGUUGUGUUUAAGAAAAGCGCUAGCUUGGGGCGGGCUUUAGAAGCAUCGGCCAUCAAUUUAUUUAGCGAUACUACGAACGAAUCCUUCAUAGAGUCAGGCAUGCAACUCUGGCAUACUCAAUAUCAAGAAACAAUCCUCGAUAUUGAGAAGACGCAAAAGCAUAUUGACGAAUAUAUGGCUGCCUAUGAUGAACGAGAGCGUUUAGCGCUUGAAGCUGCAAAAAAUUCCGCUGCCGAUGCUGAUGGAUGGAUAACUGUUGGGAAACAAGGCCGCGAUUCUGGUUUUGAGCAAAAAGAAUCAGUUCUUAAUAAAUUGGAACAGAAAAUAGAAAAAGGGAAAAAGAAAAAAGAAUUAACCAACUUCUAUACAUUUCAAAUAAGAGAAUCGAAAAUGAAAAAUAUUCUUGAACUGCGAAAGAAAUUCGAGGAAGACAAAAAGAAAAUUGAAAUGAUCAAACAAACCAGAAGAUUUAAACCGUUUUAGUUAAUAUCAAAAAAAAAAAUAAAUACAUAUCACUAUAAAAUA